AACGAAAUAUUAAUUUCCUGGGAAAACACGAAGAUCCAAAAAUUACCGAUUUGCUGAAAUCAGAGUGGAGAGGGUGAGAUCUAGCAGAGCUCGCUGCUGCUUUUUCCUCUCUCCUUCAAUUGAAUUGGGACGUAAUGAAGAUGGAGUUUGAGCAGAAACAAUGGUUCUGUUUGAGCUGAGGUAGUAGUAUGUGACCAAUCUGCAAACCGAACUUCCAUGGACGUCGAAAGGUCUUCGUUGUGCAAUUGCGUCGUUAACUUUUUGCUGGAGGAGAACUAUGUGUUGACAGCAUUUGAGCUCCUCCACGAGCUUCUCGACGAUGGCCGGGAUGCCCAGGCCAUUCGCCUCAAGGACUUCUUCUCCGAUCCUGCUCACUUUCCUCCUGAUCAAAUCACUCGCUUCAAUUCUCUUCGAGUUGCAGACCCUCAAAGUUUGUUGGAGGAGAAAGAAGCAAUAGAAGAAAAGUUAGCUAUCAGUGAGUAUGAGCUGCGGUUAGCUCAAGAAGACAUUUCAAAAUUGAAGAUUGAAUUGCAGAAAAAGAAUGAGGCCCAUUCAGUUGAGUUGAGUGAUCCAAAGACUGACUCUACCAUUAGAGGUCGGCAAGAGGUUCAUCAAGAAAAGGGGAAUGCCUUGACUGAAUUGGGUCCACUUAAAGACAAUGAACGUCAAGAUCUUAAUUGCGCUGUGAAGGAAUAUCUGCUUAUAGCAGGUUAUCGACUUACUGCAAUGACAUUUUAUGAAGAGGUUACAGAUCAAGACCUUGAUGUUUGGCCUAACUCACCUGCAUGUGUUUCAGAUGCCCUGCGUCACUACUAUUAUCAAUAUCUAUCCUCCACCACAGAAGCUGCUGCGGAAAAAAUUGCAAUGAUGCGACUGAAUGAAUCUUUGCUUGAAGCAAACAAAAAAUUAAAUCAUGAAAAGGAAAGCUUGCUAAGAAACAAAGAUUUGGCAGAUGGUCAGAUAGGAGCAUUAACAAAGUCUUUAGAAACUAUGCAGAAGGAAAUUAAAGACAAAGAAAGCCUGGUACAAGAUUUAAAGAAAUCCUGGGAGCACCAGAGAAAGGAACUCAAUGACUGCAGAGCUGAAAUCACUGCACUAAAAAUGCAUAUUGAGGGAUCUCAUUCUAACUUGUACUCAGUUUCUAAUGAUGUGGAUCCUGGCCAACUGCAAUCUGCUGAAACAUACAAGGAGGAAAUAAAGUUACUGCAAAUUGAAAUUGAGACUUUAAAAGCAAAAAAUAUGAAUGCUUCGUAUCCUGUUGAACCAAUUGUUACCAAGGAAGUGUCUGAGAAGGCAGAAGACAGAGUUGUUGAGAUACAUGAAGACAAAAACAUUUUAGCUCAUGUGGCAGAUGCAGGGAAUAUGGUUGUAGAUAAUGGAAAUUCUCGGUCACUGGCUGCUCAAACUUCUGGUAUCAAUGUGAGCAAAUCGGAGGACGUUUUACAUGAACUUUCGGUAGUUUCAACAAAUAAUGACAAUUGUAUGGAAAAUAAAGAAAGCAUCUCCAAACUAAGUGGUCAGCAAUCUACGGAAGACAAUGUGCAACCUGUGAAAGCAGACAACCCAUGUGAUGAAGCUGUUUUUGAAAAGGGUUUGGGGACCAUUCAGAUACUUGCAGAUUCCUUGCCGAAGAUAGUUCCUUAUGUUUUGAUCAAUCAUCGUGAGGAGCUUCUUCCUCUUAUAAUGUGUGCAAUUGAACGUCAUCCAGAUAGUGGCACCAGGGAUUCCUUAACUCACACACUGUUUAAUUUAAUAAAGCGACCAGAUGAACAGCAGAGACGUAUCAUCAUGGAUGCAUGUGUUACCCUUGCUAAGAGUGUUGGAGAGAUGAGAACAGAAACAGAGUUACUCCCUCAGUGCUGGGAACAAAUAAAUCACAUGUAUGAGGAACGUAGACUACUUGUUGCUCAAUCAUGUGGAGAGCUAGCAGAAUUUGUCCGGCCAGAGAUUCGUGAUUCACUUAUUCUAUCUAUUGUGCAACAACUGAUUGAAGAUUCUGCAACUGUUGUGCGGGAGGCUGCUGUUCAUAAUCUUGCUAUUCUGCUUCCUCUCUUUCCAAACAUUGACAAAUAUUACAAGGUCGAGGAGAUGAUGUUCCAGCUGAUCUGCGAUCCGGCUGGUGUGGUUGUGGAAACUUCAAUGAAGGAACUGGUUCCUGCAGUUAUAAAGUGGGGAAACAAAUUAGACCAUGUCUUAAGAGUAUUGUUGUCUCAUAUUUUGAGCUCUGCUCAGCGGUGCCCACCUCUUUCGGGUGUUGAAGGAUCAGUGGAGUCUCAUCUUCGUGCUUUGGGUGAACGUGAACGCUGGAAUGUUGAUGUCUUACUAAGAAUGCUGUCAGAAUUGCUUCCGUUUGUGCACCAUAAAGCAAUAGAAACUAGUCCCUUUUCUUCUGUAACACAAACAAUCUCUACUUCCGUGCUUGAAUUGUAUGCAGGGGGAUGCAUUGAAUGGCCAGCAUUUGAAUGGAUUCAUGUAGACUGCUUUCCUGAUUUAAUACAGCUGGCCUGUUUCUUACCUCAGAAAGAAGACAACUUAAGAAAUCGAAUUACCAGGUUUCUAUUGGCUGUAUCUGAAUGUUUCGGGGAUCCUUAUUUGACACAUAUUAUGCUGCCUGUAUUCUUGGUAGCAGUUGGGGAAAAUGCAGAUUUGGCGUUUUUCCCUUCAACUAUCCAUUCAAGAAUUAAAGCUCUUAAACCAAAAACCAUUUUGGGCGAAAGACUUGCUACAAUUUGUGUUUUGCCACUUCUUCUAGCUGGUGUUUUGGGCGCUCCUAGUAAAGAGGAAGAGUUGGUGCAGUUUUUGAGGAAACUAUUAGUUGAAGGGACUAAGGAGGAGAGUCAUUCAGUAAAUCAAUAUACUGAGAUCAUAGAUGCAGUCCGCUUCUUUUGCACAUUUGAACAGCACCACGGUAUGAUUUUUAAUAUUCUAUGGGAGAUGGUUGUUAGCUCUCACAUAAGUAUGAAGAUCAGUGCUGCCAAUCUGCUAAAAGUUAUAGUACCUUACACUGAUUCAAAAGUUGCGUCUACUCACAUUUUGCCUGCUCUGGUUACUUUGGGAUCAGACCCGAACUUGAAUGUGAAGUAUGCAAGCAUAGAUGCAUUUGGAGCCGUUGCACAACAUUUUAAGAAUGACAUUAUAGUGGACAAGAUAAGGGUUCAAAUGGAUGCUUUCCUCGAAGACGGAUCCCAUGAGGCUACUAUCGCUGUGGUCCGUGCAUUGGUCGUGGCUGUACCUCAUACAACAGAAAGACUUAGAGAUUAUCUUUUAUCCAAGAUCUUUCAACUCUCAGCCACAUUACCUACGUCAAGUGCAUUGAUGCGUCGCCGUGAGAGAGCUGAUGCAUUUUGUGAGGCGAUUCGUGCUUUGGAUGCUACAGACCUAUCGGCAACCAGCAUACGAGAGUUGUUCCUUCCUACCAUACAAAAUCUUUUAAGAGAUUUCGAUGCUCUGGAUCCAGCACACAAGGAAGCUCUUGAAAUCAUAAUGAAAGAGAGAUCAGGAGGAACAUUUGAAACCAUCAGUAAGGUGAUGGGUGCACAUCUUGGAAUCGCGUCAUCUGUUAGCAAUUUCUUUGGUGGUGAUGGUGGGCUGUUGGGAAAGAAAGAAACUUUGGAGCCAUUUCCAAGCGAAGCCGUUGAGCCACCAAAUCAUACACUGCCGCCGCCAGCCGAGGACACUAGGUUCAGACGAAUCAUGCGAGGAAGUUUCACUGACAUGCUCCGUGGCAAAGUAAAAAAUCAGGACGAUUCUCAGAGUCAAUGAUAUUGGUGACUUCUCGCAGGCACCAUUCAGGCAUGUGUUUUCCUUUCCUUUCUCAGUAUAGUCUAUAGCUAAAACCUUUUUUUUUUCCACCCCUUUUUUGUUGUGUGUGUGUCUUACAUGAAAUGAGAAUAUCAUGUCUAAUAAGGUUACAUUCUUUCAUUAAAUUAUAAUUUUUUUUACUUUAUCUCACUUUUGUUUCUUACUUCCAAUAGUGAAAGGAAAAAGAAGGAACUAUACUAUCCUAAGAGCUAAUGUUUCAUUACAUUACGUAUGUGUAAAACGAAAAUACUCCUGUACAAUUGAACUUACUCUUCAUUGCCUUGUAAUCAACUCUUUUCCCUUGCUAUAUCAACUUGUUAUUGUUGUUACCUUAA